ACCCUCCCUACCACUUUCCCUCUGCCUCACACCCUGGCCCGCUGCAGCAUGGCAGAGCCGCCCGAGGUCAGAGGCUCCUUCUCUCCCCCCCUGUGUCUCCCCCUUUGUCUCUGUCUCUCUCUGCUCCUGGGCAACAGUGGGUCGGGGGCUCUGCACCACAACAGGAAUGUGCUCCUGAUCAUCGCGGAUGACGCAGGCUUUGAGAGCGGCGUGUACAACAACACGGUCGUGCCCACACCCAGCCUGGGGGCGCUGGCUGCUCACGGCCUGGUCUUCACCCACGCCUUCACCUCCGUCAGCAGCUGCUCGCCCAGCCGGGCAUCCCUGCUCACCGGCCUGCCACAGCAUCAGAACGGGAUGUACGGCCUUCACCAAAGUGUCCACCACUUCAACUCCUUCCAGGGAGUGCGCAGUCUGCCGAUGCUUCUCCACCAGGCUGGCAUCCGCACCGGCAUCAUUGGCAAGAAACACGUGGGCCCAGAGGAGGUUUACCCCUUUGACUACGCGGAGACUGAGGAGAACAACUCCAUACUACAGGUGGGCCGCAACAUCACCCACAUCCGCCAGCUUGUCCACACCUUCCUCACAGGGACCUCCGACAGGCCCUUCUUCCUGUACGUGGCAUUCCACGACCCCCACCGCUGUGGCCACUCACACCCGCAGUACGGCUCCUUCUGUGAGAAGUUCGGCAACGGUGAGCCGGGGAUGGGCCGGAUCCCAGACUGGAGACCACGGCACUACCGGCCCGAGCAGGUGACGGUUCCACCCUUCAUGCCAGACACCCCCGCAUCUCGCUCCGACCUGGCUGCCCAGUACACCACCAUCAGCCGUCUAGACCAAGGGAUCGGGCUGGUGCUGAAGGAGCUGGCGGAGGCCGGCCAUGCCAACGAUACGCUGGUGAUCUACAGCUCCGACAACGGGAUCCCCUUCCCCAAUGGCCGCACCAACCUAUACCGACCGGGACUGGCCGAACCCAUGGUGGUCCACUCACCGGCCCACCGUCAACGCUGGGGGCAAGUCAGCAACGCCUUCGUCAGCCUGCUUGAUAUAACCCCGACCAUCCUGGACUGGUUUGACGUCCCGUACCCCAGCUACAGCAUCUUUGGGAAGGGUAAGUUGGUGCACCUGACCGGGAGGUCGCUGCUGCCGGUGCUGGAGUUGGAGCAGCCGUGGGAGACGGUGUUUGCCAGCCAGAGCCACCACGAGGUGACCAUGUACUACCCCAUGAGGGCGUUGCACCACCUGCAGUACCGCCUGCUCCACAACCUCCACUUCAAGAUGCCCUUCCCCAUCGACCAGGACCUGUACGUGUCGCCCACCUUCCAGGACCUGUUGAACCGCACGCUGGGCGGCCGGCCCACCCACUGGGACAAGACCCUCAGCCAGUACUACUACCGGGAGCGGUGGGAGCUCUUCGACACCCGGGCUGACCCGGGCGAGAUCCACAACCUGGCGUGGGACCCCCGCUACCGGCCGCUGCUGGAGGACAUGCAGGGACAGCUGAGGAAGUGGCAGUGGGUGACCCACGACCCCUGGGUCUGUGCCCCUGAUGGAGUGCUGGAAGACCAGGGGUCCUACAAGCUGCAGCCACAGUGCCUGCCCCUGUACAACCAGCUGUGACCCACGACCCCCCCCAAGGGGCGGCACGGUGGCGCAGCGGUAGAGUCGCUGCCUCACAGCGCCGCCUUCGUUCCCCACUGCGGGUGCUGUCUGUACGGAGUUUGCACGUUCUCCCCGUGACCUGCGUGGCUUUUCCCCGGGUGCUCCGGUUUCCGCCUGCACUCCAAAGACGUGCAGGUUUGUGGGUUAGUUGGCUUGCGAUAAAUGUAAAUUAUCCCUAGAGUGUCGGAUAGUGCUAGUGUACGCUGGUCGGCACGGACUCGUUGGGUCGAAGGGCCUGUUUCCGCGCUGUAUCUCUAAACUAAACUAAGGACUUUUACAAUGUACAGAGUUUGCAUGUUCUCCCUGGGACCACAUGGGUUUUCUCCGGGUGACAAUAGACAAUAGGUGCAGGAGUAGGCCAUUCGGCCCUUCGAGCCAGCACCGCCAUUCAAUGUGAUCAUGGCUGAUCAUCCCCAAUCAGUACCCCGUUCCUGCCUUCUCCCCAUAUCCCCUGACUCGGCUAUUUUUAAGAGCCCUAUCUAGCUCUCUCUUGAAAGCAUCCAGAGAACCCGCCUCCACCGCCCUCUGAGGCAGAGAAUUCCACCGACUCUAUCUACAGGAGAAUGCUAGUGUACGCUGGUCGGCACGGACUCGGUGGGCCGAAGGUGGGCGAUGUUUCCACACUGUGUCUCUAAACUAAACUAAACUAAACUAAGGACUUUUACAAUGUACAGAGUUUGCACGUUCUCCCCAGGGACCACGUGGGUUUUCUCCGGGUGCUCCUGUUUCCUCCCAGAUCCUAAAUACAUGUCGGUUUGUAACUUAAUUAGCCUCUGUAAAUUGUCUCUAGCGUGUGGGAUGUAACCAGUGUAUGGGGAUCGUAGGUCAGCGUGGGACUCUGCCACACAAUUGCAAGAUUAUUUCUUUGAUUUUUGUGAAUUCUAGUCCUUUUGCAAUAAAAAUCACUGCACUGUUGGUUAGCCC